AUGUUUUCAGCACAAAGGUUAUGGAGUGGAAGAUCAGAUGCAGAAAUUUAUUAUUUGCAAUAUGAUGUCGAUGGAGCAGAGCUUGCAAAUAAUUUCUGGUUUGUUUAUAGAGAUAGUAAUUAUUUAUUUUCCAAUUUGAGUUUGGCGCAAUUGAACAAAGCAUCAAAUUUGAAAAAGACAUUCCGACAUUUUGCUUACGUUUUUCCACCAAUUACUUUUGUUAUCUUAUAUCUUCCUCCUUUAAUAUUGCAUUUCUUUAUUUUACAUUCAGAGAAAAAACUUCAAUUGAUCCUGAAAACUGUUGAUAUUAAUUCAAAGAAUGAAGCAAAAGAAACAUUGAUUUUGCAGAACAAAGAUGAUGGAAUAAAAUUCGCAGACAACACGAAAGAAACAGCAAAAAGAGCUGCUCUUUUAGUAUUAAAGGGUUUCUGGGGAUUUUGUUUCUUCUUCUUGAUAUUGGCAAGUUCUAUGGUUUCAAUCAAGAUGACUGAAAAUCUUUCGAAACUCAAUUCUUGGAAUAAUUUCGCUUGUAGCAGAUUAUCUUUAAGCGUUGAGUCAUUGAACACCAUUUUAAUUUGUAUAGUAAUACAAGACGUUCCUGGAACGUAUCCUGAAAUAUACCAUGAUUAUUUCUUAGACAUUGCAAAGAUAAUUUUAGAUAAAUUGUAUGAAAUUGAUGAUAAUUUGAUAUCAGGAACAGAUGAUUCAGAAGCAUGCAAAGGUUUUGAUGAAGUACUUGAUAAAUAUAAUAUAUAUGAACCAUAUAAAUACUAUAAAAACGCAAGUUUGCAUCAACAAAUUGAUAUCUACAGAAGUUAUGGAACAAAAAUACUGGAAGACAUGAAAAACAGAUCAGAAUUCGAGGUAUCAGAUGUUGUUAAUCUUUUGUUCUUAACUGAUUAUAUCAUGUUUGAUAGAUUACUUACUGUUACAGAAAGAUAUUUCGAACUAUGUUCUCUUGAAUACACAAAAAUGUGGCAAAAUUUCGUGAUCAUUACGAUUUUUGUUGUUUUGUGUUUGAUUUCUUUCUUUGUUACUGAUUUAUAUUACUAUCACAAUAGAGUAUCAUCAUACAGAGGUGGCCUAAGCAUUAUUAAGAGAAUCAAUCCUUAUACACUGUUAAAUAACAAAGUUUUCAACCAAGUUUUCUUGAAAGAAAAUGAAAGUGAAACUACAGAAAAAUUGACAAUCGAAGGAUCGAUUAUCAAAGGUGCAAAUGAAGCCAUUUUCUGCACUAACAUAUAUGGAAUCGUAGAAGUUACUAACAACUCUGUGAGUUCUUUGUUAGGAUAUAUACUCCUGAACAAAUUUUAG